UCCAUCAGUGAGCAUCUUGUUUAAACAAAGGAUUAUGUGUUAUUAUUUAUUUUAUUGUUCAUCAUCAAUAAACCUAAAGUGAAAUGUGUGCGGCUUUAUUGUUAACAACCUGUGCUCCAAAGAAACCUGCAAGGAUGUUGAACCACCGACGGACAGCUCUAACCACAACCCUAAUGCAAGUGCAUGAAGAUGAUGAAAAUCAAGAUGAAGAUGAUGACUUAGACAAUAUUGAUUUAUACAGUAAUGAAACAAGUGAAGCUAUUGAAUUGGAUUCAUUAGAAGCUUAUAGUAUAGAUGAAGAAAAUGAAACACAACCUACAAAAACAGAGACCUUUAUAUCAAGCGAACGCGUACAAAUAGAAGAAAAACACUUAAAGAGACUUAAUCUGAAUGGCAUCUGCAAAAACAACAAUGGCUCCUUCACCACCGGUGCAUUUCCGUACGCCAGCAUGACCACUUCAAACACCAACACCAACAUAAACUCCAACGCGUUUUGUUAUGUCGAAGACAUCAUUCUACCAGACCAGUCGAUUCAGAGUCUGCAAGACCUGCAGGUGAUCAGCGCACGCUCCAACGACUUACAGUCGAUACCAGUCAGUAUUCUCAAACUCUCCUCGUUGCUGGUGUUGGACUUGGCUGACAACAAUCUAUUGACUAUACCGCCGGAAAUUAGCAGAUUGAUUAAUUUGCGCGAAUUGAUUCUUGACCAGAAUGCGUUGAGUGUCCUGCCGAAGACCAUAUGGGAGUUACAACGAUUGAAAGUGCUGAAAAUCGGCCAUAAUCGGCUGGCGCUGCCUCCGGAUAAACACACCGAGAUGCGGUCGCUGGUCCUGCCUCCAACGGACAACACCGAAAUUAAGCCCGAAAACUCAUGCAAGACCAACAUCCUUACCAAUCUCAAUCUGCGUGCGAACCGGCUCAAAGGCAACAUCAUUUUGGGCAAUUACGGCAGUUUGACCGAAUUAGACGUCAGCGAGAACAGCAUCGAGAUUUUGGACCUCACCGCCGUUGAACACCUUGAAAUUCUGCAGUGUUCCCGUAAUAGUUUGACGGAACUCACACUUUACGGAAAAAAUUUAACUUCGAUAAUUGCCGGAAACAACCGAAUAAGACAGAUUGCUGUGAAUUAUCCACCAGAACAGUUGAAACAUUUCGAUAUCUCUUACAAUGAACUCGAAAGCCUUCCGGAAUGGAUGUGCAAUUGCACCGAAUUGCGAUCGUUAUUCGCGAGUAACAACCACAUGCGCCAUCUACCGGAUCACUUGUUUUGCAAUGAGAUGCCGUUUCUGCAUACAGUCCAACUGGCCUACAAUCAACUGGAAAGUCUACCGAAUAUUCAAAGAAGAUUACCGAUUCAAGAAAUGUUUCUACAAAACAAUAGUUUAUCCAUUCUUCCAGAAAACUUCUUUAAAUAUAUUCCUAGUAUAAAAGUUCUGAAUCUUUCAAAUAAUCGACUCUGUGAUCUUCCUCAACCUGAAGAUGAUCUACACCUGGAGAAAUUAUACAUAACUGCGAAUUGUCUAACGGAUAAAAGUUUAGAGAAACUUGUGAGGUAUUUACGAAGUUUGAAAAGUCUACAUGCAGCUUAUAAUAAUUUUACAUCAAUGCCAGAAUCCUGUCCGCAAUACUGGACGGAAAUUGAAGAGUUGGUGUUUUCUGGGAAUAAGUUACUGAGAUUGCCUGAGAAUAUUGGACGAUUGAAACAUUUGAGUGUUUUGAGGGUCCACUCAAAUUUGUUACAGAAUAUUCCUCAGUUAUCUCAAUUGUUUGCAUUGAGAGUUUUGGAUUUAGCUCACAAUCAAUUGGAUAGAAUUGACUUAACCUCACUUGUACCCCCACAUUUAAAGUUUCUGGAUUUAUCAUGCAAUAUGAAGUUGCACGUGGACUCCCAACAGUUUCACACAUACAGGACACAGAGGCCCAUGUCUCUUGUAGAUGUUUCUGGGAAGAAUCGUACGUCGUUGCCUGUGACUCCAUCGCCAUUUUGUGAAAACGAUCUGACUGAAACCUGUUGGACUGUGGGAUUCUCAGAAACAUCUGGAAACAAACAGAAACUUUACGUUUCGCAAAUAAGACUUCCGAAUUUCUGUAAUACCGAAGGGUUAUUUGGAUUAUUUGAUGGAGAAAAUAAUUCUGACAUGCCUGUAUGUGUUGAUAAAGUGGUCCCCAGGAUAUUAUUAGAAGAGCGGACUGUUAAGGAGACAUCUGCUGAUUAUAUGAAGUAUACCAUGUUAUCAGCACAUAGGGAGUUGAAAGAUAAAGGUCAAAAGCAUGGGAUGAAUGCUAUAAUUGUACAUAUACUGAAAUCUAAAGUUAAUGCUGAUUAUUCUUUCUGUGGAGGUCAAAAAUACGCGAUGAGAAUUGCUAGUGUAGGAGAUGCUCGUUUGGUACUAGGGAGGUCAUCAGGACCUAUAAGACUGCUUCCCACUAAACAAAGAAAAACAAUUCGUACUAACCCACAGUUGCAACUUAUGGUGCCUGACCCGGAUGUGACUGAGAUCUUCCUGGAUGAACAAGAUGAAUACAUGAUCAUUGCCAAUAAGAACCUUUGGGAUGUAAUGUCUCCUGAUGUAGCUAUCAAGGAGGUUAGUCUUCAAAGGAAUGUAAUUCUAGCAGCUAAACGUCUACAGGACCUUGCUCAAAGCUAUGGUGCAGAAGAGAAUCUUAGUGUCAUUGUGGUAAAAUUCAAUUUGAUAGGAUCUGAUGUAGAUCUCCUGAUGAAAGAACUCCGACAGACUAUCAGAAAGAAUAAGUAUCAGGAAGCAUGCCAACCAGGUUGUUGUUGUGAAGCUUUGAACAACGAAUGUGUAAACUGUGAGAAACUGUCUAUGCCACUCAUGAACCAUGAUGAUAGGUCUUCCCCAAGUGGGCAAUCUGAACAUGCUUGCUCAGAUUGUCAUAGUGGGCAUGCACCUGCAAAGAUGUUUGUUAAUCAGCUCAAUAGACAACAGAUGGAAACCAGAUCAAUGAGAUCCAUAACUCCUCAUUUUGAAUCCGCAGAGGUGAAGAUCUCACCGGAACGAAGGAGUUACAGAGGAGUUGCACGUGCGGUAAGAGCCCGCACCAGAAUAGAUGAAGAUCAAAAGUCUCGAAAUGAAGAAUCAGAUUCAGCAUUAUCCGAGGAGCAGUUCAAGUGUUGGGAAUACAUGCUGGAGCAAAACACUCAACUCCUCUUUGAUAAAGAACUCAACACUCUUAAUAAGGGUAACCGUGGUAGGUCCCCUUUCACAUUGAAGAAUUCUACGUUAUCCAGAAGUAGCCCACAUCUUUCACAAGAGAACUCAACGAGCAGCAACUCAACUGGAACCGGGUCAUUCCUUUCCAGGCAAUUUGGUAGUGCCAGGUCUUUCAAUCCGAUCACCAACAGAGCUAACCUCAACGGUAGUCGAAUGUCAGUUGAUAAAAAGUUAAUAGGUGGACCACACGCUGCGUAUUUCGGCAGUUUACAACGAUUAAUGCCGUAUAAUUUAGAAUAUGAUUUUGCAGUCAUGCAAGAGCGGGGAUUAGCUGACAGUUUGGAUCUGGAUAGAAUGCAACAGUAUUGGGGUGUUACAACAACGGAAUUAUAGUUAUGCAACCAACUGUACUCUUCUUCACGUUAUUAGUUUAAUUUAUUAAAAUCAAAAACAAUACUCGACGACUAGAAUAUUAAUUAAAACAGAGACACAUAGUGUUAAUAGUUUUUUUUUCUUCUCUUCCCGCUCUAUUUAUGUAAUAGUUUGUGUUUAUUUAUUUAUUGGGUCUUCAUCCUUUUUCUUUGUGUUUUGUAUCGAUUUAUUAGUUGCUUACUCGAAUGACUAGAACAAUAAUAAAUAAUAACUAUACAUACAAUUUUAGUUUCACUUUGGGUUAAUUUUCACUUGCUUUCACUUAUUUCUUCGUGUCCUUCGAUAAUUUUAAUUAAUCAACAGUCAUUUGUUUGUUUAUUAUGUGUGCAUUAUUAUUGUUAUAAUUAAUUCAAGUAAGAUGUUUGAAAAUAUUUGUACAUAAAUUCGAGCUUUGCAAUUUUUGAUAAUUUUUUUUGUUUCAAAUAAUUGUAUAUAAAUGAAUAAAGAUGAAUGGUACUCGUAUCGUAA